AUGAAAUAUAUCCCGGGGCAGCCGCCGCCGCCGCCGCAGGGCCACUUGAAUGAUAACACGGCGGCGGCUGUGUCGAAUCUGUUGAUAAGAACCGUUGCGACGAGCGGUUCUCCUCCUCUUUCUCUCUUCUUGGCCUUUCUCCCAACUGCAGCCGAAAAAUUCCGAUCAUUCGUCGUCGUGUCGUUGUUCAGGCUUCUGGCCGGGCGAUUCGACGACUUGAAUUUGGGAAAGGAGUUAGGAUAA